UGAGCGAACGGGCCGCCGCUUCCACUCCGUCGCUCCGCGAGAGAGUCCGGUGACUUGUACGAUUGACCGCAACGUUGUGCAGACACGAAACCCGCCCGCGCACAUUCCCGAACUUCAUUCUCCACAUUGCACUUUUUCGGCAUAUCCGCGCGGCCAGCAAUCGUGCGUUAGGCAGGUAAUAUCCACGAGGAAGAGGAAAACGAAACGGUGAACGUCCUUGCGUUCCACGUCGCAUCACACCGGCGGAUUCACUAUUGUUUUCACCAACCUGACGAUGAAUGCGGAACAUGGAGCCAUGUCUUAUCACGUGUUAUAUUGCAGAGGCAAUUAGAGGGUCACCCAAUCGCGAAUGUACUCUCGACAGGAUGGAGUCCACCUGAGAAGGCAGCAUCAGCUUUACGUCGGCGCCGAUCGUUCGAUAUCGAAGGACGCGUCUCAUUUGAAUUCGCCCUCGGUCGAUCUCGUCGAUCUCAGGCAACUGCUAUCAUGUCCAGGUAUAACGUCAAUGACGAGUACGACGAAAGAAAUCGCAGGGAGGUGAUGCUGACUGGCUUCAGCAGCAAUACGCUCGACGACGUUCUUCGCAGCAACAACAACGAGCCAAACGCCCUGAACGGAAAUCCGGGAGAUGUAAUUGGAAGCCAUGUCCACGCCAUCACCAAAGACACAAAAGUCAACUUUGAAGCAUCACAAAAUUCUAACAAGAAUGUCCUGUGUACUUCCGGAAGAAGAUGGCUUCAUCGACAGGUGAGGAGAUCCUGUAGAAUGAAGUUGCUGUUCAAGAAAAUACCGAUCCUAAGUUGGUUACCGAAUUAUCGAAAAGAAUACAUAGUGAGUGAUUUGUUGGCCGGUAUUACCGUAGGUCUUACUGUCAUACCGCAAGCCAUAGCGUAUGCUAACGUCGCGGGACUACCUUUACAAUACGGACUAUACUCAUCUUUUAUGGCGUGUUUCGUGUAUACAAUUUUUGGUUCCUGGAAGGACGUACCUGUUGGACCAACCGCGAUCGCCGCUAUCCUAACGAGAGAGACUUUGCAAAAGGCUCAUCUAGGACCCGACUUCGCCGUAUUAUUGUGUUUCAUCUCGGGCUGCGUCUCUUUAUUAAUGGGAAUUCUGCAAUUAGGAUUCUUACUGGAUUUUAUAUCGGGACCGGUAUCCGUGGGUUUCACAUCGGCAGCAUCAAUUAUUAUUGCCACCAGCCAGGUAAAGGAUAUCCUUGGGCUUAAAGUUUCCGGUACUAAAUUUGUCCAAGUUUGGCAAAGUAUCUUUGAACAUAUCAGCGAAACGAGGCACUGGGACACCACUUUGGGAAUCGUUUGCAUAAUCAUUCUCCUAUUUCUCCGAAAGGUGAAAGACUGGUCAGUAGUGUCGAAAAAUACCAAAGUACCGUCGCAACUUCAACAAGUCGUCACGAAGUUGCUCUGGCUGAUCUCCACAGCCAGAAACAUCAUUGUAGUCAUCGUCUGCGCGGUGAUGUGCUGGCUUCUCGAGGAACACCUGGGAGAGUCGCCCGUAAUUUUAACGGGUCACGUGAAACAGGGACUACCGGAGUUCCGUCUGCCGCCUUUCGAAACUCAGGUCGGAAACGUGACCUACACCUUCAUCGAUAUGAUUUCCGCUAUGGGCACCGGCUGUUUGGUCGUACCUAUGCUGAGCCUGCUGGAAACCAUUUCCAUCGCCAAAGUAUUCUCUGAUGGCAAGUCGAUAGAUGCAACUCAAGAAAUGUUAGCACUGGGUGCAUGCAAUGUGAUGUCGUCAUUCGUAUCGUCGAUGCCUGUGAGCGGUGGCCUCAGCCGAGGCGCGGUCAACCACUCAUCUGGUGUGAAAACAACUCUCGGUGGGGUUUACACCGGGGUGUUAGUGCUUAUAUCGUUGCAAUUUCUCACACCCUACUUGUACUAUAUUCCUAAGGCUGCCUUGGCAGCCGUUAUUAUCGCCGCAGUUGUCUUCACGGUGGAAUUUCAGGUGUUGAAGCCUAUGUGGCGAAGCAAAAAAAUUGAUCUCAUACCGGCCUUUACCACGUUUCUAUGCUGUCUUUUAAUACGACUCGAACUGGGAAUAGUGAUCGGCAUCGGCAUAAAUCUCUUGUUCUUACUUUACGCUUCGGCCAGACCGACCUUACGAGUUCACAAAGCUACGAGUAUUAGUGGCUAUGAAUAUCUCGUCAUAACACCGGAUCGGAGUCUGGUGUUUCCGAGUGUUGAAUAUGUACGAGCCGUCAUUAGUAAACAAGGAUUGCGAGAGGGUACCACUGUACCUGUCGUGAUAGAUUCCACGCAUAUCCAGGCAGCCGACUUCACCGCUGCAAAGGGUAUCAAAACUUUGAUAGAGGAUUUUGCUAAGCGGAGCCAACCCUUAAUAUUCCAUAAUUUGAAGCCAAGCGUCAUCGAAAUCUUCAAAGGUGUAAAACCUUCCGGGCUCACUUGCAGCUCCAGCGAACUCGAACUCAACGAUUGUCUUAAAGAUCACACAAAUAGUUCAGCCGAUAGUCUCAAUAGAUAUUGAAUACAAGAUGAUAGACAAUAAAACGAUAUAUUUUCUUCCUUAGUGAGCAUCAGUAUUAUUGAGCGAGAAUAUUACGGAUAGCAAACUAUCUAUAUAUAAUAUUAUUGGGAAACAAUGUUACUUUCAAAUUUACCUUAUUGAAUUAACAGGUUGUACAUAUAUGUAUGUAUUUUUGACCUCAUGCGCUAGUAUAAAAAUAGUUUGUAUCGUGUAAAUUUGCGCAGUGUACACAGUGUAAUAUUUUUGUAUUUACGACAGAUAAAAACUUAAGUUUAUGUAUAUGUGACUUUCUCCGAAAAAAUCUGGCUUAUAAUAAAAUUUUUGGGUUUUUACGUUUUGGUAUUUUUAACAUUAUUAAUAAUUUACUUUCAUUAAACUAAUCCAAGGUCCCUAUUUUUAAAAUUGAGGUAAAAAUUGAGUUUAAA